GAUAACUGGAGAGCGACAGCCCUCCUAACUAAGAAUGCGAUUGUCCGCUGGAAUCUUCGUAUUGGCUGCGCUGUGCCAUGCACAUGCUCGCCCAGUCGUGCCUAGAUUGUAUCUGUGUCCUCGACUUGAUGCGACGGCAGAUUUGGAUUCAAGAGUCGUGGCAGUGGACAGCGUCAACUCAGGAUGGAGUGUCGACGGAAACAACUACGGUUGGAGCGUCGACGGGAACAACUAUGGAUGGUCGAUCAACGGCGGAGGGAUUCCCGUCGGCGGAUGCUACGGCGCCCCUCCUAAGCGCUCAGCUUCAUGAUACUUGAGAUCCUGCAACGCAGUAAUAAUAUUUUUUUU